CAACAUUUUCAGAAUAUGAAAAUUCGUGGGCUUGAUUUACCAAAGUUGCAGCACUGAAAUAUGUAAUAUGUAAUUAACUAUUCUGUAUAAUUUAAUACUACGUACAUUUUUUUUUACCAUUUUUAUUACAUUUGGAGUUAUUAUUAUAGACUAACUUUAGUGUCUAGUGUGCUCCCGCUCUCACAAACCUCUGGGUCCGCCACUGGGUGAAGGGACACGAUUAUGGCAAGGCCUUAUCCAACAGCAUCCUAUUUUAUGAGGGCCAGAGGUCGGGUCCUCUGCCUUCUUCACAGCGUAUGACUUGGAGAAAGGAUUCUGCUCUUCGAGAUGGUUUAGAUGAGAAGAUGGAUUUGGUAGGCGGUUACUACGAUGCCGGUGACAAUGUAAAGUAUAGCUUUCCCAUGGCAUUCACAACCACAAUGUUGGCAUGGAGUGUGCUGGAAUACGGGAAAGACAUGGGUAACGAUGAGUUGCCCCAUGCACUUGAGGCGAUACGCUGGUCAACGGACUUUCUGUUGAAGGCUACAAACAAACAAAAUGUUGUGAUUGCUAUGGUUGGUGACCCAAUUGCAGACCACAACUGUUGGGAAAGGCCCGAAGAUAUGGACACUCCUCGUACCGUUUACCAGGUCAAUGAAACGUCUCCGGGUUCUGAGGUUUCUGCCGAGAUUGCUGCCGCCUUGGCUGCGGCUUCCUUGGCUCUAAAGAGUUCUGAUCCUGUCUAUUCCAGCUCCCUCCUUCAAAGGGCCCUCCAGGUUUUCGAGUUUGCUGAUAAAUUCCGAGCUUCUUACAAUAAUAGUUGUCCAGCCGUUUGUCCAUUCUAUUGCGAUUUCAGCGGUUAUCAGGAUGAAUUGUUAUGGGGAGCAGCAUGGCUCCAUAAAGCCACAAAUGAUGCCCAGUACUGGGAUUAUGUGAAAGAGAAUAUAAAUAAAAUUUGGACAGCCGGAAGUUUAUUUGGAUGGGAUGCCAAACACGCUGGUAUUAAUGUCCUCGCCUCCCAGUAUGUUUUGAAUGGUGAGGGCAGCAAAGAUACCAUCCCAUUCAUUCCCAAUGCCGAUGCCCUGGUUUGCGCAGUUCUUCCUGAUUCGCCUACAAAAACUGAGCAAUUUACUCCUGGUGGACUCUUGUACCAGAAAGGGUUGAUGGGAAACAUGCAACGUCCUAUAUCUCUGUCUUUUCUCUUACUUACCUAUGGAAGGUAUUUGGAGAGCUCCAAAAGGACAAUUCAAUGUGGCGACAAUGUUUACCCAAGUUCUAAACUUAUAGAAUUUGCGAAGUCUCAGAACGAGAGAAGCGCCUCCAGCAACUGCGCCAUAGUUUGUGUUCCAGAUCGAUGACUUCAUAUUCAUCGAAACGGCAUUCCACAGUUUCGCCAUAGGUUGCUCCACAAUUUCGGCAUUCCAGAUCGGUUUUUCCAUAUGAAUCAGAUGUUAAGCUGCU